UUUGUUGAUGAUCGCCUGAGGUCAGUUCCUUUCCACCGGAGGCAACAGUAAAAACCCUAAAUAUCAUCACUUUUGUCUGUCUUUUUUCCGUCCGAUACUUGAAUCCGAGUGAACUAGAGUUGGGUAUUCGGUUUCCGUCGAGCUACACGCAGGAACUAUCUAAAGGGUUCCUCUUGGAUUUAUGUGAUUAUUGCAGAUUCUGUGCUUGUGACAAACGUGAGAGUAGAUGGACUGGGAGGACGAGCAAAUUCCACCACUCAAUUUAAAGGAGCUUCCUACAAGUAAGUGGGAUGAUGAGGAUGUGGAUGAAUCAGAUGUGAAGGACUCAUGGGAGGAUGAAGAUGAACCUGCUCCAGCACCGCCACCUGCAGUAAAAGCACCUGCUGAAAAGGCCCCGAAGAAACCUGUAUCAAAAGCUCCAGAAAAGAAAGGAAAAACUGUUGAAGGAGGAACAGAAGAGCCAGUUGAUCCUUUAGCUGAGAAACUUCGCCAACAAAGGCUUGUGGAAGAAGCUGAUUACAGGUCUACUACAGAGCUUUUUGCCAAGAAGGAUGGUGAUCACAAGACCCUUGAUAAUUUUAUUCCCAAGUCCGAGAGUGAUUUCUUGGAAUAUGCUGAGCUCAUUUCUCAUAAACUUCGGCCAUAUGAGAAAAGUUACCACUACAUUAGUUUGCUCAAGGCAGUGAUGAGACUAUCAAUGACUGCUUUGAAAGCAGCAGAUGCCAAGGAAGUUGCAUCUUCCAUCACAGCAAUUGCAAAUGAAAAACUAAAAGCAGAGAAAGAAGCCACUACUAAAAAGAAAGGUAGCAAGAAGAAGCAGCUACAUGUUGAUAAAGCGGAUGAUGAUUUGGUUGCUGGUGCUUAUGAUGAUUAUGAUGAAUAUGAGUUCAUGUGAUUUAUUUGGUCUAAACAAUAUUGUUCCGGUGUUUGCAAUAUGAUCCCAUAUUUCAUCUUGAAUUCAUUCAACAAUGGAAUCAUACGGCUCUUUUUGGUUUUCCCAAUUUAUGGAGAAUUAGUAAAUCUUGUGUGCACAGCUGAGACAUGAAGGAUAAUGUCAUAUAAACCCUCCAACUACAAGCUUGGGAGAAGACUUCUGCAUAGACUUGGGAUCUUUGUGUGUUUUUUUUUAAAUUUCAUUUGCUGCUUUGGAUUAUACUAGGAACCCUUUCUCCUGUAAUUUUAUAGAAUUCGCCAUUUCUUUGUGCAUUAUAAGUACUAGUCCCAUUGCUUGGAUAAAGUUCUGUUAAGAAAUUAAAGCAUCGGUC